CUUAUUCUGCCAGUUUAAAACAUCAGUUGAUCGUGAUAAGAUGGCUACAAAUUCCGCUUUCCAUUCCUUGUCCUGGGAUAAUUCCUAUCCUGUGCAGAACCCGCAGCAGAGACUCUAUAGACAAUGUGACUUUAACUGUAUGUGUUGUGCCAAAAUGCAGCUUGGAAAUUACUGUCCGUGCAAUGUUCCCAAGCAAUCUUGUGCAACCCAGACUGUUGAGCUUGACACAUUUCCUCAGACCAUGACAGUGGAUAACUUGUGGAAAAGGGGGACAUCGGAACACACUUCUCUACAAAGUCUUAUCACCAAAUCCAUCGACAAGUACAAUUUGAAAUCUUCAAAAGACACUCAUCUCCAAACAGCAGUGAAGGAAGUGGUGACAAUCAUCAGAGCGGGCAAUCAUUCUCUCCAAACUGGCGAUGAGGAGAAGAAAGUGAAGAACCGGAUUUUGAGGGCCUUAGAGUGGAGGCGGUACUAUUCCAGAAAGAGAACACAUGCAUCAAGUCUUGGUGUGAAAGUGAGUAAACUUUUAAGGAAGAACCAUGCAGGGACUGAUCAGGCUGAGGGAGACAAAGAAAAUCUGCUUCCACAAGAUCUGCAUGAAGUAGGGCAUGAUAACCGUGGUUUCAGCGCAGAGUCUCAAAGCAGUUCAAGUGACGGCGACAUUCCCCUGGCUGCUUUGGCUCAGAGAAAGGAAUUGAAGAAGCCCUGAUUCGAGUGUAACGGUUGCUUAACUUGCCUAAACCGCUGAAGAACUCAGUGAUAUUAUUUAAAAGACUACUUUUUUGUGUUUCACAGGAUGUGGAUUUGUUUAGUCAACAUGGUGAAAAUACAUGAACUUGUUUUCA